CCCCAUCCUUCCUUUUCCCUCCCUCCCUUCCCCGCUCUCUUUUUACCAAACAACAAAGAAGUGAAGAACUCCCAUGGAUGUCCAAGAAAUCGGACGAGGAUUUCUUCUCCCCCUUCUCCUGAUGAAGGAUUUCGUUUAAUUCCAAACGUGUUUGCUUUUCUUUGGUUCUUUUCCUUAAAUUCCACGGAGAUGGAGUUAGAUUUCAAGAGCAUGAAGAGGAAAGAGCUCCAGGCGCUGUGCAAGAAGCAUGGAUUGCCGGCAAAUCCCUCCAAUUUGAAGAUGGCUGAGAGCCUCGCUUCCCUUCUCCAGAAGAAGGAACAUACAAGUGAGGAGAUAAAGCCCAAGGGCUGCUUGAAGGGCUCAGGCGGAAGCAGCGGGGAGGAUGUUGGAAGAGCACGGGAGGUUUCAAAGAAAGUCAGCUUCUCUCUAGAGGAAGAUAAGCCCGAAUUUGAGGAGGUACAGAGGAAGUCAGAUGACAAAUACUCUCCAAAGAAGAGGAGGUUCAGCCGUCGGAGGUCUGCUAUUGCUUUCAGGCCAGUAAAGGCCAUUGAGGAAGAUGAAGCGGUUGAAGUUCCAGCAAGAACUACACAGUCUCGAUCGCUUGCAGUUGCAGUAAUGUGGUCCCCUGGUGUGGAAAAGAAGAAAGGGAGAAAGCGUAUGGAAGCUGUUUGCCAGAAUGACGAGCCACCUCAAGUAGUGAAGUUGCCGAGUCCAAAUAAAAGAAAUAGAAGGAAGGCAGCAAUAGAACUGUCUCAUGAUGAGCCGACAACCAGAACCUUGAGGAACAGGGUGGUUGUGGUCAGAGAAGAUGAAGGGUUAGUGAGAGAUUCAAAACCUAGGAAAGCCCAGACAAAGAGAACUGCCAAAGAGAAAAAUGAAGCAUCAAUAGCUCCUUUGUUGCAAGAAGCCACCAUAGCUAAAGAACUGGAAAAUGAUGAAGUUUUCGGAGGGAAAUCUUGUCCUAAGCAUAAUGAGGGUGCAGUCUCUGUGGAAGAAAUUGAUGCUUAUAAUGGAAGUGAGAUGGUUCCUUCAUGUGAGGAGCCUCCCUUGAGGAGAUCAAAACGCAUUAGAAAGCUCGAUAAUAAUUUAGAGGAAGGUAAGAGGGCAAAAGGUGAUGCAGUAGCUCCAAUGAUCAGGCUGAAGAACUCGAUAAAUGGUUCUUUGCAAGUUUCAGUUACAGCUGUGAAUAAAUCUGAAAAGCAAGUUGCAGAGGAAACAGAAAUGGCCCCUCAGAGAGGAGAAGCUUUAAAGAGAUCAAGGCAGAAUGUUUCAAAGUAUAAUGAGGAGUCAGGACUUGGAACCUCGUUGCCUGCAUGUGUGGAACUGAAAGAUGAAUGUGUUGCAGUAGCUGGGAAGAUUUCAAGUAAGAAAAGAAGAAAGAAAGCUCCAAAUGGAAGCGAUCUCGCACCCUCUGUACCUGAUGGUGACAUGUUAAAUGAUGCUGGGGCUGCAAAAGUCCAUGGUGGAAAGCUCUGCGAACAUAAAGAACCUCCCAGGAGAUCAACACGUAGUUCUUCCAUGCACAGAAUUCUGGAUCAUGGGACUAAUGAUGUCAGAAUUGUCGGGAAAAAUGAACCGAUGAAGCAAAAAGGGAACGUACGAACAAGAAGGGGAACUAUGAAAAGUUCUGCUCCAAGCAGUGAAAUUGAAAUUUCAUACCAAGCACAAGAAUCUCAAGGGGAAUCCCAAAGGGGAUCACAACCUGAAGAAGGUCUAAGGCAUUUAAGAUGCAAUGCUUCAGAAUACAGCAUGCCCGACCAUAAGAUUUCCCUUCCUGAUGGCAGGAGUCUGUUAGAUGAUGACACCAAUAAAUGGAACAAGCUGCAGAAGCAGAACAAACCUGAACUUGGGAUUUCCCUUCUUGUAGGUGGAAAAUCAGUGGAUGAUGAAACAUAUAGAAGAAAGAAUUUGCAGAAGCGGCAAAGAGGUCAGAUUCUGGGAAAACCAGGUCCGAAAGCUUCUGUUCUUGAUUGCAAAACUGGGGUUGAUGCUGAAAGUUUAGAAGAAAAUGAGAGUUCAAAAGAACCACAAAUGAAAUUUAAACAUAAUGCUGCCAAGAGUGACUCAUGUUCUGACACUGUUCCAGUAACAUUAGCUGAUCAGAAACAGAAGUAUGAGAAGAAUGCUGAAAUUCAAACAGUUGGACUUCAGGUCAUGGAGGCAAAGAUUACCCAUGAACUUUUGUCUUGUAAUCAUCCUGAAGUGCUUUCAGCAGCCAUUGUCGAAGGAGAUUCUUCAGUGAUUUUUCCCAAUUUUAAAAUUCCUGGUUUGCCAGCGGAAGUUCAUGAUGUUGGCAAAAUGGCUUCUCAAGUUGAUAGUUGCUUGCAGGUUGAUGCUAGUGACAACCAGGAAAGGACCGUUCAGCUUUCAACUGUUGUUGCUGGUAGUGAUUUUGAAGAUACGUUGAACCAGCAAAAAGUCUGCAGAAAUGGGAUGGUAAAUUGUGGGGCAGCUGAAGAUACCAUGCUAAAUUCUGAAUCAACACCCAAGGAAUCUGAUGAUGUGAAACAAUGUAGGGAAACCAGUGCUAAGCCUAGUGAUGCACACAUAUCUGAAAUUGCUGCUGAUGAAGGUAAAGAUAAUUCUACAAAUUUCAGCUUAUUCAUUAAUUCAGGAGAAGUUGGUUUUCUAUCUGGAGAGAGUAAUUUUGAGGAAAACAUUAAAGAUGAAAUUACGCAAUCUUUUCCUCUUAAUGUAUGCUCUGAUGAAGCUAGGAUAUCAUAUGAGGACUUUCCAAAGGGUGAUUCCGAUGUUAUGCAAUCUGGCUCCUCUAGCAAUGUUAUGGACUUUGACUCUGUAGAGCAGAUAGUUAAAUAUAGAGAAUUAUCCCCCUCCAAGCUUGUUGAGGUAACAUGUGGAAUAAACGAAACAAUUCAGGAAGUGAAAGAAAAGUCCAAAACCUCUUCUGAUGGCUAUCUACAUGCGAAAAAUGAAGAACAAAUCACUAUUCAGGUCAAUUCUAUUAUAUCUGAGGAACAAGAAGAAGCCUUGGAUAUUGGUUUGGAUAAAGGGCUUUCUUGCUCCAAGGUUCGGGAAGUUCAAAGUGAAAUCUCAGAUUUAGUUUCAGAAAGACCUGAGCAUUCAAACGUUGAAGCUGUGGUGCAUGUGGAAAGUAUGAGAGAUUCUGCUUCACAAGGGAAUUUAAAUGUGGACAACAAUGUUGCCAUUCUGUCAUUGGAUGAUGGUUGCAUAUAUAGAAAGCAAGAUGAAGUCCAAGAUGCUCUUCAAGUCACAGAUUUGAAAUCUUCUGCUUCUACUAUUGUGGCUAAUAACAAUGAAAAUCCUGUUGAUGCAUUUCAGUGUGAGAAUAGCAACAAAAGAAAUGAAGCAAGAGGCUUUGGUGGUGUUAUACUGUCCUCCACUUGUCUAGAAGAUCUUCCAAUAGUCACUGCCACUGAAUCUUCUUCCUGGAUUGACAAUGAAGAAACUCGACCUGCUAAGCAGGAAAAUGUCUAUGAUGCUAUUGGAGUAGGUUCUGAUAUUGAUGGUUCCUCCCCAGUGCAUCCAAUUUGUGGUUUAGAUUGUAAUGAGAAAGACUUACUGAGCCUGCAGAGAGACUCUAGAGUCAAGAUGAGGUCUGGUGGAGUGGCCAGCAAUGCCAUGCUGGUUAGCCAAUCAGAGGGUGUGGGUUGUGAUGUUGUGAGCAUCAGAAAAAAUUAUCUUUUAGAUGACACUGGAAGUGGAGAACAUUUACCAGACAACCAAAAGGAUUCCAAAAGUGAAGGGGAAACUUGUGGGGCUGUUUCUUCAGACAUUUAUAGUCACAAUUCAGCACCUGGAGAAUGUGAGGUUUUAGGCAAAUUCAAAGAAGAUUUAAUGGAGGAUAAUUGGUCACAGUUUUAUAGUUCUAUUUCAUGCAAAGUUCUUCCCGAGCAGAGUGAUUUGGAGUUAUGUAAAGUUGAACUUCAAGAAACUAAUGAAACUAAUGCAUGUGGGUGUGCCAGUGAUGAUAAAGGGGCUCCUCCUAAUGAAAGUGUGUUUGCUCAGACCAUCUUGGAGAAGAGAGAUGUUGUUGAUGCUGGUGAGACUGUAGACUCGAGUAAUAACCAGAAAAUAACAUUGCAUGUGCAUCAGGUAUCCACUGAUUCUUUAACAAAAAUUAUUAACAUUGAUUCUGAAGGUGGUGGUGAUUUGAGGGACAAGCAUGCGGUUCAGAAAGCUAGAUUGGACAUAUUAGAUGGCAUAGUAGGUGAUGAGGGUGAAGUUAAUGGAUCUGUAGGGAAUAAAGAGAACACUGCACGUUCCGAUAAAUUUGAUGGAGAAGUGGUUCAUAAACCAGAGUCAGCUGCAUGCAAAGAAAUAAUACUCUCUCCAGAACACGUUGGAUCAGUGGAAGCUUUGCGCGCUGAGCAAGGGCCCUUAUCUUACAAGCAAAAUGUCAAGGGAAUUGAUCAAAAGGAGGCAUCUAAAAUUUUGGUGAGAAAGUUUGACUGGAGGGAUCUUGAAGGUAAUGAAGCCUUCAAGGACAAGGAUGCAGAAGAGAAACUGGAUGCAAAAUUAAAUUGCAUUAACUGCAAUGAAGUUGAUGACAUUGUCUCUGCUGAAAAUGUUCACAGCAAUGGGGCAGGAGGAACUUUGAUUUCCAUAACACCAUCAAUUCCUGAAUAUACAUUGGAAAAAUCAGAGCACGCUCUAGAUAACAGUGGCAAGUUGCCCAUCGCGAAGAGGGCUCAUGAAGUUCUUAGUGCAUUGAAAAGUGAAGUUGAUGAAGCUUCAUUCAUCAUGAGACUUUUAAUUGGCUCAAAAGACCUAAUCACACAGGACGAAAAAGCAAUUUCGCCAAAUGAUGCUGUGGAUGAAGUUGGCUUCACUAAAAUUGUUUGCAAGAAUGCUGCUUUAGACGAAGCCAAACUAUAUUGUAGCAACUCUAGUGAAAGUCUUUGUUCCAAUUCAAAGAAUGAUAAGGCAGUUUUAACCAGUCAGUUUGACUUAAAGGAUCAUGGCGAUGACAAUGGGAUCCAGUACUUGAAAACCUCGGGACUUGAGUUGGACUGUGGGCGUUCUGAAGACGGUGACAUAAGUGGGAAGAGAGAUUGGACGGGUACAUCUGCAGGUCAUUUAAGUUGCAAAUCAUGCAAACAAGAUAUAGAGAAGGUUACAGCAACUUUUUCAGAAGGGAAAUUUAGCAGCUGUAAUAAGGCUCCAUUUUUUUGCGUAUCAAGUGAAUCCAAAUCUGACGAUGUUUGGGAUGCACCAGGUGCAAAGUUAAUAGUUUUAGAGGACCUAUUUCAGAUGGAAAGUGAAGUGUCAUAUGUCAUGAAUGACAAAGCUCGGGCUGCUUUUUGUGAGAGUCAAUCGGAUGAAGAAAAAUUUGAGCAUGAAACUAAAGAUUCCAUGGACAUAAUGUCAACUGAUGAAGAUAAAGCAUCAGGGAAGAGCGAAGAGAUGGUGCCUGUGCCACCUUUGUCAGAUGUUCUAUUCCAGAGAGAAUUUGGAGGGCAAGCAGAUACUGCGGAAAAGAAUGGGGGUCUGCAUGCACGCUUGGAGGCCCUUGGCUGUGAAAACUCUUGUGUGGUAGGAACCGUAUCAGGUAGUGCUUAUUCUGACCCUGCUGAUAGAAUGGAGUGUCAAGUUUCUAUACAAGUAGAUGAACAAAAAAUGUUGUGUCGAGAGGCUGAUAUUAUUGACAAAUGUGAAGGUGUGAAACCAGUCGACUUUUGCCAUGCUGUAUUAACUGAAGGCAAUGCUAAAGAAAAUUAUGCAACUGAUGGGUACGAGGACCAAGAGAGGGAAGAAACCUUGAAUCCUGUGUCUCCAUUGAUCAGUGGAACUGGGGUUGAUGAAAAGGCGUGCAGUUUAGAUUGUAUGGAAAUUACUGGUGCAACAGGAGAAACAAAAAUUCAAGAUGCUGCUGUUUCAAGGUCAUUGCUUAUGGUACAAGGUGAGGCAGUGCUGGAGAGUUGCACUGAGAGUUUCCAGAGUCCUUUUAUUUAUGCAGAAUCUGAAGGGAGGGAGAAUACAUUUGCUGAUGAAGUUGCUGGUAAGACAUCUAUUAUUGAGGCAGCAGAAUUUGUCUCAGUGGAGGAAUCAAAGUCCAAGGAAAUCUGGAGUUCAGCUGCAGGUGUAUCAGUUUUGUCGGAUGAGACUGUCAGAUUGAAUUCGAGUGACUUUGAAAUUGUUAAUUCCUGUGAUGCAGCAGCGGCAAAGCAGUCCAAACAUGAAGAAAAUUCUGAGGAUUUUGGAAUGUCUAUGGUCGAAACUGUAGAUUUGGUUGGUUUGUCUCAGCAAAGUCCAAUGGGAUUUACAGGUGGAAUUCGUGCUGAUUAUUCUCCUGCAGAAUCUGAAAUUGGCCUCAAGAGUGAUGCCUUGGAGCCUGAAGAAUCUAGCCGAUGUAGCAGGCUGGACCAAAUGGAGGACAUUAGCGGGAAAUUAUUAAACUUCAGGAUUUCUAGUGCAAAAAAGGCCUGUAAAACAGGUUUUUACAACAGCACACCAAUGAAGUUGGUUGAGAACUCGAGAUUCCAUUCUAUGAUUGAUGGUUCAAAAGGUAAGGAGAACACACCAAUUAUCAAGAUGGACCAUUCUUAUAAACAUAAUCUGGAUAAAUCGGCAAUUACCAGAUCUUCCAGACGACCUCUACAGAGUUUACCGAAAUAAUAAGAAUGUUGAAUGAGGAAUGUUUGUUUUCUUUUUAGUUUGUGUUUUCAACUUUUAGUUGAAGGAUUGUACAAGGUGAGAAAAUAGCAGUGUGUUGUCUUAUCCUACUAGGAAAAACUUUUAGGGUUCUGGGAAUUAGAGAUUUGUUAAUGGUUUCUUCGGGGACCAAUGUAUUUGGGUUUUUUAUUAAGAGUUUCAAGUAUUUCUUCAGGUCAAUUAUUGCUUUGUCCUUGUUGAAACCGUGUAUGAACUUGAUACAAUGCUUGGAAUGUUAAAGUAAAAGUGGAUCUAUUUGUAGAUUUGGAUUGU